ACCAAAAAAAUUUAGGUACCAAAAUGUAAUUUUCCAUCGAUAUUUUGAGGACUUAUAUGCAAAAAAAAUUAAAUUUAGGUACUGAAUAUGCAUGGCUAUUAAGUUUGGGUACCAAACUGUAAUUUGUAUUUGGGCAUGGGUACAAAUCCAUUUGAUAUAAACCCAACUCAACCCAAAGUAAAUGGGUAUGGGUACAAACCCAUCAAACUCUACCCAUAUCCAUCUAUUUGGAUUUCAUACCCAACCCAAUUGGGUUGGAUAGUAAGAAACCCAUGGGUAUGGGCAAAGUUGCCAUCCCUAUUUGUAACCAAGUUUCUCGUCUUUCAUUUAUUCGGUGGAAUAAAAGCUGGUAACCUUUGUCAAAAAAAAAAAGAAAAAGACCCAACCUUUUUUUUCAUUCCAUUCAUCCGCCAUUAACAAAGAAGAGAAUCUACAGAAAGCCAAAAACCCUUGUUAAAUCUCUAUUUCCUGCUUCCUCUUCGUCUCACUUUCCCCCUCCGAUUUCCCGACAAUCUCUGCUCUGUUCGCAGUGCUUACUCAAUGGAGUCUCUGUCAAGCACAGCGUUCGUCUCCAGAUUCCCAGAAACACACCCAUCGCUCAGCCCUCCGUCACCUUCCUCCUCCUCCUCCUCUUCUGCCUGCUGUUACUCGUCUUCCAGCAAGAUUCUGCUCAGUAAGGGAAUUAUAGGGUCUUCCAAAUUCGCCGAAGCAGCGCGUUUCCCUCGACUGCGCCUUCAGGGUCUGGCCCGUGAGCUGUCUGAUGGAGCCGGAGAGGAAAACAGUCACCUGGGUGAUGAUGGGUUUGGAUUGGUUUCUGAUUCCACGCUCUCCCUGCCUCAGGGACUCAUAAAGCAAGCUGAAAGCAGUCAAAAGGAUUCAGAGAAAUUAUUGAAGGUGGAGUCACCAUUGACAGUUCCCCAUGGAAGUGGAACCAGUGGGGGUACAAGAGCAGGGCUUUUCAGAACUCCAAUUUCUGGUGGUGUACAGAGUGCAACCUCAGCACAUGGCUUACCUCGACCAGCCCUUGCAGUUCGCAACCUGAUGGAACAGGCCAGAUUUGCCCAUCUAUGCACCACUAUGUCUCGGAUGCACCAUCGACGAGAAGGGUAUCCAUUUGGUUCCUUGGUGGAUUUUGCUCCAGAUGCGAUGGGCCAUCCAAUAUUUUCAUUUUCACCCUUGGCCAUACACACAAGGAAUUUGUUAGCAGAUCCAAAAUGCACCCUUGUUGUGCAGAUACCUGGAUGGAGUAGCUUAUCAAAUGCAAGAGUUACAAUUUUCGGAGAUGUGUACCCUCUAGCAGAAGAUGAACAGGAGUGGGCUCAUAAACAGUAUAUUGCUAAACAUCAGCAAGGUCCUUCCCAACAGUGGGGGAAUUUCUACUACUUCAGAAUGCAAAAUAUAAGUGACAUAUACUUCAUUGGAGGUUUCGGCACUGUUGCAUGGGUUGAUGUCAAGGAAUAUGAGGCCAUUCAGCCGGAUAAGAUCGCAGUUGAUGGAGGAGAGCACAAUCUCAAGGAACUGAAUGUGAUAUUCUCAAAGCGGCUUAAGGAGUUGUUAUCGAGUGAGAUGGAAGUAGAUGAUGCCGCAAUCAUAUCGAUAGACAGCAAAGGAAUCGACAUAAGGGUCCGCCAAGGAGCACAGUUCAACGUUCAGAGGUUAUCAUUUGAAGAAGGCCAUGCAGUUGAAAAUCUGGAAGAAGCCAAGAGUGCUGUGCGGAGAGUAUUAAACAAAGGCAAAGUUCAAAACUUGCAGAAAUGAUAAUUAGUUACUAAGCCUUACUCACAUUGGAGGAGCUUCAACAACAUGCAAGCGAACAUGAUGGAUGCUGCGUAAGCUCGUGCAUGCCCUGUUUCUUGCUAAUCGUCUGAAGGGACCAAAUAGGUUAUUUGGCUUUAACUUCUGUUUGGAGUUUGGGGAUCUAAUUGGAAGUUUGCGUUAGAGAUGGUUGGCUUUUACGUUAAGACUGAUGACUAGCUCGACGAGGAGGUUUCAGGAGAAGUUGAUUGUGAUAAAUGUGUUCACGGAUCGGAUUGGCAUUCGAAAUCCUGUAAGCCGUCGUUUAGUGUUGUAAUUUUAAAGGCUGUCUGUCGUUUACCGUCUGUCUGUUCCCUUCUCCUUUUCUAAUAAAUAGACACUCAAAAUCAAAUAAAUUACUAAUUGACAAAUUUCCCAUGAAAUGAAAGGCUCCAAAUCCAAUUCUAUUGUUGGCCAACUAGGUUUAAUAGUUGUAUCCGACUCACUUCUAGAGUGUAGAGUGUAAUUUUUGUUACACCGUUAUCUUUGUAACGCGUUUAAUGCCACGACAAGGUACCUCAUCUGAAUGAUGCGUGUUGGAUUAGAAUCGUGUAAUUUGUUGAAAGAUGGAAAAGACUUCUCCAGUCCCGAGCUUCUCAUCCCUCCGGAGUGAGGAGGAGAGAGGUGACGUAGUAAGCGAUAAAUAUGGGGGCUUGUCAGUUUAAGAGAGGUAUCAGAGGUCUGGGAUUGGCCGAAGAGCAAUUUUAGUCUAUCGACCAACUUCGUUAUUCGGAUCCAUGCAAUCAAUCACUGUGAUGGCUGACGACCCCAAGUGAAGACGAUGGACGACCCAUCAGCAUCCUAUCGGCUUUCUCCUUGUAUCAUGAAAUAUUAUAGUUCGCUACUCAUUGUUAAGUUUUAGGAUGAAAAAAAUAACGAUUUAGUAAAUAGUGACGUUUAUUCUAAGAUAAAAAAUUUGUUGUCGAAUUAACCCGAAGCUGACAAAAGAAUAGAAUUCAUAGAGAUUC